AUGCCCCUUUCAAGCAGCUCCACGUCCUCCACAAAGAGCAUCCGCAGAGCAGCAUCAGAGCUGGAGAGGUCUGACUCCAUCACGUCAAGGUUUCUCGGUAGACGGCAAAGCUUGAUCGAGGACGCGCGCAAGGAUAGGGAAGCCGCCGCUGCAGCGGCAGAGGCUGCAGAGGCCAGUGAGCAGAUCGUGUUUGAGGAGGACAACGGAAAAGCGCUGCUCAACCUCUUCUUCACUUUAAGAAGCUCCAAGACACCUGCACUGUCGCGGACACUCAAGGUUUUCGAGACAUUUGAAGCUAAGAUUCAACAUUUGGAGACGCGACCAUGCCGGAAGCUAAAGGACAGCCUGGAAGGCCUGGAGUACUUUGUUCGCUGUGAGGUGCACCUCUCAGACGUCAGUACUCUUAUCAGCUCCAUCAAGAGGAACGCAGAGGAUGUCAAAACCACCAAAGAAGUCAAAUUUCAUUGGUUCCCAAAGAAAAUAGCAGAUUUGGACAGAUGUCAUCAUCUGGUCACAAAAUUUGAUCCAGACUUGGAUCAAGACCAUCCUGGCUACACAGACCCUGCUUACAGACAGAGGAGGAAAAUGAUUGGAGACAUCGCUUUCAGAUACAGACAUGGGCAGCCGAUUGCCAGAGUGGAAUACACAGAGGAAGAGAUUGGCACAUGGAGGGAAGUCUACUCAACUCUGAGGGACUUGUACAUCACCCAUGCCUGCAGUGAAUACCUCGAGGCCCUCUGUCUGCUGGAAAGGCAUUGUGGGUACAGUCCAGACAACAUUCCCCAGUUGGAAGACGUGUCAUGCUUCCUUAAAGAGCGUACAGGGUUCCUGCUGCGUCCAGUGGCAGGUCUGCUCUCAGCUAGAGAUUUUCUGGCCAGUUUGGCAUUCCGGGUGUUCCAGUGCACCCAGUACAUCCGACACUCCUCCUCCCCUAUGCACUCCCCGGAGCCUGACUGUGUCCAUGAACUGCUGGGCCACGUCCCCAUGCUGGCCGACCGCACUUUUGCCCAGUUUUCACAGAGCCUUGGUCUGGCAUCACUUGGAGCUUCAGAUGAAGACAUUGAGAAACUGUCCACACUUUACUGGUUCACUGUGGAGUAUGGCUUGUGUAAACAGAACGGUGAGGUGAAGGCUUACGGAGCUGGACUGCUCUCCUCUUAUGGAGAGCUUGUGCACUCGCUGUCUGAUGAACCGGAGACGAGGGAGUUUGAACCAGAGGCUGCAGCAGUGCAGAGCUAUCAAGACCAGACGUACCAGCCCGUCUACUUUGUUUCUGAGAGUUUUUCAGAUGCCAAGGAGAAAUUCAGGAGGUACGUGGCUGGCAUCAAGCGUCCCUUCUCUGUGAGGUUCGAUCCGUACACCAGCAGCGUGGAGGUGCUGGACAACCCGCUGAAGAUCCAAGGAGGCCUGGAGGGUGUGAAGGACGAGCUCAAGAUGCUGACAGAUGCUCUCAGUGUUUUGUCUUGA